CCACACCUAUUUUCGACAAGCGGAGACGCGGGGUAGCAACGCGAGCGAACGUUUCCGACGCUACGAAUACAUAAACAUAGCCAGCUAAAUCAUCACGUAUUAUUCACUUAAAAGGGUAAUUUAUCGGCACAUCAACAAAUAAUUAUGGAUUCCGUCAACGCUUUCAACUUGGAGUUAUUCUCCAUGAUUGACAUGAAGCCACCGAUAUCACGGGCAAAGAUGAUGUCAGUCACUAAAUCAGCAAUAAAAGCUAUCAAGCUAUACAAGCAUGUCGUCCAGAUUGUGGAGAAGUUCAUCAAGAAGUGUAAGCCAGAGCUGAAGGUUCCUGGCCUAUACGUGGUGGAUUCUAUAGUCCGACAGUCCCGACACCAGUUUGGAGUGGACAAGGACGUCUAUGGACCCAGGUUCCAAAAGAACUUCACCCCGACCUUCCAGAACCUCUACCUCUGUCCACACGAUGACAAGAGUAAGAUCAUCCGUGUUCUCAACUUGUGGCAGAAGAACGCUGUGUUUGAGAUGGACAUCGUCCAGCCCCUGUUGGACAUGGCUACUGGCUCCUUAGUCCCUGAUCCCUCCCCCCAGGAGGACCUCCAGGCCCAGCCCCCGGUCUCCAGUGCCUCCAUAGCUGCAGCCCUGCCCCAGCUCCCCCCACAGCUCCAGAACCCCGAGGCCCUGGCUGCCGUGGCCCAGCUCUUCCAGUCCGGACAGGGACACGAGCUUCAGAAGAUGCUUCAGAGGUUCCAGCCAGCGCAGCAGACCCCCCCUGUGGUUCCCAACGCCAUGGCUGACCAGACCCCCCCUGUGGUUCCCAACGCCAUGGCUGACCAGACCCCCCCUAUGGUUCCCAACGCCAUGGCUGACCAGACCCCCCCUGUGGUUCCCAACGCCAUGGCUGACCAGACCCCUCCUGUGGUUCCCAACACCAUGGCUGACCAUCCCCACCCACAGAUGGUCCAAGGCCAGCAUAACUCACACCAUCCACUGUUCAACACACACCAGACACAUCCUACGGAGCAGAAGAACUCGCUAGCUAAGAAACUCCUGGACCGUUUUGAUUAUGAUGACGAACCAGAAGAAGUAAAGAGCGAGGAGAUGAAUCCCCUUGUUCCAGGGAACAGGUACAGCGGCCAGUUUCCUGGUCAGAUGCAGCCCAACAUGGAGCAACAGUUUCAGGGCCAUAUGAUGGGCCAGCCUGGGAGGCAGCAGACACCUGAUGGAGGAUACCUUGGUCUGAACAAGGGCUACGGCCAGAGUCAGCACACUGCCCAGCAGAACCAGGACCAGGACCAGGGAAACUCCAGAGAAAGAGAAGAUCCAUCUGGGAGGAGGGAGGGGAGGCAGCGUGGCCACGGCAGGAGGUCACGCUCCAGGUCUGGCUCUCGUUCUCCCAGGAGAAAGAGGUCCAGGUCCGGUUCUCCCUCCCGGAAGCCCCGACACUCGUCACAGCGCUCUGGGUCCCGCUCCAGGGAAAGUCGCUGGAACUCCCCUCGCUCACGCUCGCAGGAGAGGAAGGAGAGAGAGAAGGAGCGGGAGAAGGACAAAGAACGCAGACAGAAAGGUCUGCCCAGCAUCAAGAGCCAGACACUCAGUGUUUGCACCACCACUCUGUGGGUUGGCCAGCUUGACAAGAAGACCACUCAGCAGGACGUCAUGUCUUUAUUAGAGGAGUUCGGACAGAUCGACUCCAUCAAUAUGAUCCCUCCUCGGGGCUGUGCCUACAUAAUGAUGGUCCACAGGCAGGAUGCCUACAGAGCUCUACACAAACUCAGCAGAGGAUCCUUCAAGGUCAACCAGAAGGCCAUUAAGAUUGCGUGGGCCUUGAACAAGGGUAUAAAGGCGACCCAUAAGAAGUUCUGGGACGUGGAGCGAGGCGUCACCUACAUCCCCUGGAGCAAGGUGAAGAUGGAGGAGCUGGAGGGCUACAGAGAGGGAGGCAUGCUGGACUCAGACACACUCUGUCCAGAGUGGGGAGAUGAUGUGAAGGAGCUCACUAAACCAGGAGGGUUGAACAACGGAGGAGGAGUGGACUGCAUGGAGACAGAGGGAGCUGCCAUCGCCCACGUACAGGUGCCUCCAGUCCAGCCAGUAGGGUCUAUGGGUGCUCACCCUGGAUUCCCAGGACCUCCCCACUCCCUCACCCCUGGUGGACCCCCUCCCUUCCUGCCCGCUGGCUUCAACCCCACACAGAUGCCUCCAGGUUUCCCUCCUCCAGUGGUGAGAGGGCCAAGGAGCACCAACGAUGACUCAGGGUCUAAAGACAAGGCUGGAGGGAGUGGUGGCCCCUCUGGCCCCUCAGACGCUCCAGACAGCCAGCUGGGAGCUCCAGGGCCAGGGGCCGUGAUGAGUCCUACAGGCCCAGCAGGGUUACUGGUUCCCAGGCCGGCCAUGAUGCCCAUGCAGCCCCCUCCAGGACUACCACCCCCACACCUCCAGCCCCCCUACCACCCUCACCCCAACAUGCCCCCCAUGAUGAUGGGCUCCAGGGGCCCCAUGUUCCCCCCCAGGGGGGGCCCUCCUGGUGGGUUCAGGAUGCCCAUGGGCCACCUGUCCAUGGAGGACUUUCCUCACGGACCCCCCAGACAUCCCUUCCAGCCUGGACCCCCUGGGGAAGAAGAAGGCAACUGGGAGGGUGAGAGACACUUCUGGGGUGAGAGGCCAGGGUUUCGGGGACGUGACAGGGACGGGGGGCGGUUUGGGGAGCAGGGGAGAGGGUUCCCGAGAGGAGGAAGAGGAAGGGGGGAUGGUUGGUCCAGAGACUGGCCUGAGAGGAGGGACCGCUUCAUGAACCGACAGGAUAGAUUUGAACGGUGAUGACAGGGCCAGGGGGGUGGAGCUGGAGAGACGGAGGGAGAAAACCUUUUUGGAACAGAGCGAAACCGGAAUGAACUACCUGAACACUUGAGUUUUGUUUUUCUACAGUGUGUGUAUGUAUACAACUGAACACAACCCAGAUAUCUGGCCUCAAGAUAACCACUUGGAGACUGGGUACACUGCGUCAGACACAGACAUUGUAAUGUACAACCUGUCCCUGAUGAAUUUCUCUACUGUUCCAAAGACAUUAAGACUUAACACAGAGAAACAUUAUGGGCCGGUUUCCCAGACACAGAAUAGGCCUAGUCCGUGAAUAAAAAGCACGUUCAACGGAUAAUCUCCGAUACAGUUGCUUCUUAGUCCAGGACUGUGUGUAAUCUGUGUCUGGGAAACCGACUCUAUGAGAAUAUCACAGUUUAAACCAAUGGAAGUCUAAUUUUGCAGUCAGUUCAUGUGAAUAACUUUGUCCUAUUUUGAGCUUGUAUAUUUUGACAGAAAACCACAGUGAGAAGAAGACUGCUUUGUAUAUAUUGUAUAUGUGCUGAUGGCCAAUAUGCUGUUUUGUAUAUUUUGAGUGAAUGUUUUGUUAAUUCUCCAGGAAAUCUGUCACUAGGGCAGUUAGAGAAACAAACUGUUGAUUCGCUGUCAUUUUAAAGGUUUGAUCUGAAAACACCAUCAUCUUUGUAUUGAUGGGGGAGGGGGACGCUCAGAACAUGAAAAUCUUUUGCUUCACAAUUUUUGUCAUUAGCCGUUUGUUUUUAGUAAACUAUUUUUGUACUAAGCAAGUGUGUCUUUUUUGUAAGUUCUUCAUGGGAGGCAAAUUAUAAACGCAAUGUUUUUUUUCUCACUCAACUGACAAAAGGGCAACGAUGUAGACAGUUCCAUUGUCUACCAGUAGAGGGCACUGUAGCACUUUCUACCUGGGAUAGUAGCCAGGGGGUCUCACUUUUACAUUUGACAUUUUAGUCAUUUAGCAGAUGCUCUUAUCCAGAGCAGCUUACAGUUAGUGCAUUCAUCUUAAGAUAGCUAGGUAGCGACCACCACAUAUCACUGUCAUACUAAGCACAAUUGUUCCUCAGUAAAGUAGCUAUCAGCGAAAUCAGAGCUAAUAGGGGGAAAAGUUACACUACUUUUUAUACCAGCUCAGGGUAGUGCGCUGUUUAGGGAAUGUCUUUCAGGACACAUUAGUGAAGAAGGUGGGCAAGGGCCUUUCCAGAAUUUAGACAGAAAGUCUGACAGAUACAGAGAAGGGCUCCUCCCAAGUGCUUUAAUUUAACGAUUCACCACAAUGGAAAUUUGGUUUCAGCUGCAAUUGCCUUGGUCCGGCGAUUCGGUGCAUUUGAUUGGUUGAAUCAGGUGUUCUAGAGCUAGGUGCACAGCCUUUUGUAUCCCCAGGACCAGACUUGCUAUGGGUGGUAGAGGUUAACUACGUCCCAAAUGGCACCCUAUUUCUUAUAUAGUGCAUAGGGCUCUGUUCAGAAGUAGUGUGCUAUAUAGGGAAUAGAAUAGGGUGGCAAUUGGGAUGCGACCGUUGUCUCUGCAGCUGUCUUUUAAGUUUUCUCUAUGCUCAGCUCAUCGUCUGUAUGUGGGGUCAUCCAGACGGUAUCCAUUUUGUACAUCUGUUUACAUUAUCUGACAACAGGUAUAUUAUUCACACCUGGUUUGUUAUCUUACAGGGCCUUCAGAAAGUAUUCAUACCCCUUUGACUUAUUCCACAUUUUGUUGUGUUUCAGCCUGAAUUCAAAAGGGAUUACACAGAUUGUUUUUCUCACCCGUCUACACACAAUACCCCAUAAUGACAGAGUGAAAACAUGUUUUUAGAAAUGUUUGC